AUGCGGGAUAGCUCCCUCAAGCGCUCCCUCGGGGUUGACCUCACCCGUUCCCUCAAAGAGUCACGCGUUCUCCUAGUCGGCGCAGGCGGCAUCGGAUGCGAGCUACUGAAAAACCUCGUCCUCACCGGGUUCGGCGAAAUCCACAUCAUCGACCUCGAUACCAUUGAUUUGAGCAAUCUCAAUCGUCAGUUCCUUUUUCGACAUGAACACAUCAAGAAAUCAAAGGCCUUAGUACGUGCAACCGAUCCACCCCGCGCACUUGCGCCGCUGCCUUGCGAAUCCCCCCGAGUUAAGCGCCGCGCAUUCGCAUCAUGUCAGCGGUCCAGCGAUGUUGCGCAAAAGUUCCGGUCUGACGCAAAGCUCGAGGCCUACCAUGCCAACAUUAUGGAUGAUCAAUUCAACGUCUCGUGGUUCGAGUCCUUCAACGUCGUGUUUAAUGCGCUAGAUAACAUCGCCGCAAGACGUCAUGUGAACAAGAUGUGCCUUACAGCCAAUGUACCCUUAAUCGAAAGUGGAACUACUGGCUUCAAUGGCCAGGUCCAAGUUAUUCAGAAGUCACAAACCGAGUGCUACGAUUGCACCCCGAAACAAUCCCCCAAGUCCUUCCCCGUGUGUACGAUCCGCAGCAACCCCAGCCAGCCGAUUCAUUGCAUCGUCUGGGCGAAGAGCUUCCUCUUGCCGGAACUUUUCGGCAAUAGCGACGAGGAGGCACCGGAGGUGGACAGCACAGAAGACGCUAAUAACGCAAAUGAAAUUGAAGAACUGCGCAGGGAAGCACUGGAGCUCAAAGAGUUGCGACAAUCGAUUGGUACCGAGGGAGCCCACCAGAAGGUCUUUGACAAAGUUUUUCGAAGGGACAUAAUACGAUUACGGGGAAUGACAGAUAUGUGGAAGGAAUUGGAGCCGCCAGAGCCCCUUGACUUUGCUCAACUCCAAGAAGAAUCCGCUUCGAUUGCCUCGACGAUCUCCACACAGGACCAGAAAGUGUGGACAUUGGGGGAGAAUUUCAGUAUCUUCCGGGAUAGCCUGAACCGGUUGACCCAUCGUCUGAAGCAACUUCAAGAAAAGACGCUCCCGGACCAGGAUUCCCCGAUUCUGACAUUCGAUAAAGACGACGUGGACACUUUGGACUUCGUUACGGCAACAGCUAAUCUACGAGCUGCCAUUUUCCACGUUGAACUUAAAUCCAAAUUCGACGUCAAGCAGAUGGCGGGCAAUAUCAUUCCUGCUAUUGCAACCACCAAUGCCAUGACAGCUGGACUAUGUGUUCUUCAGUCAUUGAAGGUGUUUCAAAACAACUUGAUGCAGACCAAAAUGAUUUUCCUGGAGAGAUCCGGUGCUCGUGCGAUCAACUCAGACUCAUUGAACCCCCCGAACCCCGAUUGCCCUGUCUGUUCCCCUGUGGUCGCUCGAGUCGAAAUUGACCCUGAGCUAGCAACCCUUGGACACCUCGUCCAUGGCAUUCUUCGGAGGGAACUGGGUUAUGGCGAAGACCUUUCCGUUACUAUUAGCGAUACACUGCUUUAUGACUCAGAGUUCACCGAUGAUUUGACGAGGAAGUUGGUUGACGUUGGCAUUAAGAAUGAGAGCUUCGUCACGGUAAAAGAUGAGAAUGAACCAGAUACGCGAAUCGAUCUCGAGGUGGUGAUAAUGACAAGAAAUGGGCCGUCUUCCAAGGACUCCAAGCCCGUAACGCUGCACAGGAUGGUCGAGAUACCCCUGAAGCCCAAGCGACUUGUACAGCCUUCUACCGAUCUUGCAGCAACUACCGAUGGUGCAACUGUGACUGGGAAGCGCAAGCGUGAGGGCUCAAAUGACGAGGUGGAGCUCAGCAGCCACGAUGCGAAACGGCUCGCCAGUGCAUCCGUUCCUGACUCGAAGGGCAUUGAAGCUAUCGUUCUUGAGGAUGAUGCAAAUGGUGAUGAGGGAGGUGCCAUAAUGAUCGAUGAUUAA